AUGUCUUCCUUCAACAUCGUCGUCUUUGGUGGUGACCACUGUGGUCCCGAGGUGACCGCUGAGGCUGUCAAGAUCCUCCGGGUCAUUGAGAAGUCCCGUGGUAUUACUUUCAACCUUCAGGAUCACCUGCUCGGUGGUGCCUCUAUUGACGCUACCGGUUCGCCCCUGACUGACGAGGCCUUGAACGCCGCUAAGAACGCCGAUGCCGUUCUCCUCGGUGCCAUUGGAGGUCCCAAAUGGGGAACUGGCGCCGUGCGCCCAGAGCAGGGUAUCCUCAAGCUCCGCAAGGAGAUGGGCACAUUCGGUAACCUGCGGCCCUGCAACUUCGCGGCCCCCUCGCUGGUCGAGAGCUCCCCCUUAAGGCCGAUAUUUGCCGCGGUGUCGACUUCAACAUCAUCCGUGAGCUGA